GCCGAUUUAUCUAUGAAAAGUGUAGUUACAAAAUGUAUAGCUAUUGUGGUUAUAUUAGGUUUUAAUAGAAUAUCGAAAGUUUAGAUAAUGAUUUUGUUCUGCGGUGGUGGUGGUCGGUGUUGGGUAACAGUUCUCUGAGUCGGUGACGGCAGCGAGAGUGCUGCUAGUGAAGCGGACGUCACGAAGCCACGCGAGUGUACGCUCUAAAAAGCUAAGAAAUACAUGCGAACUUUGAAAACUUUAAAGUUAUCGUGUUCGAUAGUUUGCCAGAUUAAUAGUUGAUGGAUACACCACUACCAAGUGUUGUGAUUUUGUAAAUCGCCGGGUCAGGCGAGGCAGGCAACAACUCAAGAAACUUUCAACAUUUAGUGCUGACUGUUGAAGACACUGAAAAAAGAUGCGCGUGUGGUGGCACGCGAGCGUGAUGUGCGCAUGCGCGCUGGUGCUGCGCAGCGCCGCUCUACCACCCGCCACGCUCGGGGACGUGGUCGCCAAUGCUGCUACCAGUCUCAACUCCAUGAAGGUAACUGGAGCGUGGCGUCGGUUAUCGAGCACAGUGAGUGAGUCUGUGGGGUUGAAGCAUGCCUUGCGCCGUCUGCAGGCCGUGCCAGCCCGCGCCGCAAGACUCGUCCACGCCUUAGUAGACCGCAUGCGCGUCGGCGGUGGGCCAAUUGUUUUCACGCAAAUUGGCGCACUACGAGGCCGCAAGCUUGUCACUAGAACCAACAAUCAGACUCCUUACUACAGUUUCAAAGGCAUUAGGUAUGCUCAGCCACCCCGAGGAUCGCUCCGGUUCCGACCGCCAGUCCCUCUGGAGUCGUGGUCUGGGGUGCGAGAUGCCCUGGAAGAAGGCGCAGUGUGCCCUCACAGGUUCAUGCUGUUCGACACGUAUAAGGGCGACGAGGACUGCUUGUUCCUCAAUGUGUACACACCGGCAUUGCCCGACAAACUUUCUGGUUAUAAUCCAAAGUUAGUCGUGAUGGUGUGGAUACACGGAGGCGCAUUCGCAGUGGGCUCGGGCAAUGCGUUUCUCUAUGGGCCUGACCACUUGGUGAGCGCUGGAGUCGUGCUGGUCACUCUUAACUACAGGCUCGGAGCGUUGGGCUUCUUGAGUCUUGAAAACGAUGAAGUUCCUGGAAAUAUGGGCCUUAAGGACCAAGUGAUGGCACUAAAGUGGGUGCGGGACAACAUUGAAGCGUUCGGCGGCGAUCCAAACCGCGUCACAAUAUUCGGCGAAUCAGCCGGCGCCGCCUCCGUCCACCUUCACAUGCUUUCACCUGAGUCAAAGGGUUUAUUCCACCGUGCCAUAGCUCAGAGCGGAGUUGCACUCUCCCCAUGGGCACUUGCUCAGCACCCCAGUGAACGUGCCUUCGAACUGGGCAGGGAACUUGGCAUCGACACUAAUAAUACAGCCGAACUUUUAGGUUACCUUCGCGCAACUCCGAGUGAGUUGCUAGUGAAAGCCGGUGCGCGCAUAGCCGUGGCGGCGAGCACGUCCGCCGACCUGCAGAGCACCGUGGCGUUACCAUUCCUCCCGGUCCUGGAACCUGAAGCACCUGGCGCCUUCCUCACUAAAUCCCCAAAAGAAUUACUUCCCGGUGCUGAUGUACCGUUCCUGACAGGCUUUAACGCACAGGAAGGCAUCAUACUUUUAAGACGUCUUCAACGAUACCCCAAACUACUAGCACAACUAGAACACGAGUUCAAACGUGUGGUGCCUCCAGAACUACGGCAAGAAGACGAUCAACUAACACAAAAGAUCACAGAAGCCAUACGCGCGUUUUAUUUCCAACAGCGUCCAGUCGACAUCAGGAAUAUUGACAGCCUCAUUGAUCUGUUUACAGAUGUAAUGUUCUUACGUCCGAUGUUGGAAACUCUACACCUCUAUGGAGCUUCAAACAGAACAAGUCCCACGUUCGUCUAUCGAUUCGCCUUCGACGGAGCGUUGGGACUGUUCAAACGCAUGCUCGGCAUUACUCAUCCUGGAGCUUGCCACGGAGACGAGAUGGGCUAUCUCUUCUACUUUUCCAGAAUAAAUUAUAGACUAGACGAAGGCUCCACAGAAUUACUGGUAUCUAGAAAAAUGGUUCAAAUGUGGACUAAUUUCGCGAAAACUGGGAAUCCGACACCGCCUGUUGAUUAUGAGUCAGUGGUAGACUUCAAGUGGUUACCAAUAAAUGGCAGCACAUCCCACAUAGAUUACUUAGACAUCACGGGCAACUUCACCAUGGAGGCCAAUCCAGAAGAAAAGAGGAUAAGUUUUUGGAACUGGCUGUACGAAAAUUACGCGAGUAAACCUUGAAGUGAAGUGAAGUGAAGUGACAAUGCAGGGACUAGUUAAAUUGAAAACACUAGUGCGUGCUGCGCUGCAGUGUUAACUGUAACCUACCAAUAUGCAAUCUCUGUGAAGGUUUAUGAACGCAGCGAAGGACAUUUCAGUUUCCUUGAAUGUGAUAGACGUUGUGAUAUCCAUGAUGUUACAUCUUAUAUAGAUACAUACGGUAAUCAUGUAAGUCUAACACGUAUGAAACAUACAAAUGUUAGUAGUUAAAGGAUUUAUAUGGAACGUGAUCAGACUACUUUAAUAUAAAAAUUCUACGUUCUGAUAUACUUAUACAGAUAAUAUUCAUAAUGGAACUGAGAUAAAUGCUUGUAAUGCUAUAAAAAGUUGUUUUCGCAUUUUUAAAACCAAGAAAAAGCAUAAAUAUGCAGGUUGAAAGAGUUUAAACUUGUUUGAAAAGUUACUACUGGAACGUUGAUUGAUUUUGUCCUUGUAAAAUUACUGAAAUCCUGAGAAAUCCGUUUUCAAAUACUUACUUAGAUGGCUAGGAAAUAUUUGGUCAUGCCUUAAUCCGAAAAUACAAUUCAAAUAAUUCAAUAAAGUGACAAGAUGCUAAUUAUCUAUUGGCGUAAUAUUUGAUGUGACGAAAGUGUAAAUUAUAAAUAAAAAUAUGAUCUGAGCACUUAUCUAUAUAAAAUCCUGAUAAACGUGUGUGUGGAAGGCAUUGUCAUAACUCUCGAAUCACGUGACGCUGCAUGUAAUACGAUAGCUUUGGACUUGUUGCUAGAUUCGAGUUUGGACGUUUAUUUAUGUAAGCGUGAUAAGUCACCGAAGUUUCGUCUUGAAGGUGUGAUAAUGACGGUAACGCAAUAUUUGCGUAGCUCAGUAACAUAUUAUGAACCUGCACUAAAUAUUUCGUGCCUCACAUCAAUUAGUUAUAUAUGAACAAAAAUGUGUCACAACACGAAUGUGUCAGUGUAGUUCAGUUAGUAAGUACUUUGUGGUAACAAAUGUAAAUACGCACUUGUUAAAUGCCCCAUCAUAGGUACAGCUGAGAUCGAUCUAUAUGACUGGUCUAAAAUUAUUUCCUUCUCUAAGAGAAUAUCUAUGCCUCUUUUUAUGACUUCAAGCUCAUGAUAAGGGUUACAUUGACAGCGACUAUAGUAAACAGCGUGUUAAGGCUGUAAAUGGUGAAGUCAUACGACCAAUUUCCAAGUGCGAAUUAUGUAAAUUGUUUCUGUAAUAAAAAAUACUUGAGGAGCCAGGAUUUAUAAGCUAUACGAAAUAUAGUAAUGGGCUCGCCCCAAUCACAACUUAAAACAGAUUUGAAUAUCUCUACUGUGUAGUGACGUUAUUACAAAAUAUUAUCUAUUUUGAAUAUCAUCACAUACUUUCAGGGAUAUAGGCAGAUCUACUCAAGUUAUUUUACUAUGUAGAUAACGUUGUAAUUUUGUGGAAAUUGUUACUAUUGUGUAUUCGUAUUAUUCUUUUGUAAAUAAUAAAUUCAUUAUGUUGAUAAUAAAGUUGCAUUAAAAUCGUUGUAUUAUA